CAAUGGACCUCCUCAACCUCACCACCACCACCACCACAACAACCGACCUUUACUGCUCGGAAGACGCCGGCGACCUGUCUUCCUCACCGGCACCAUCCUCUCCACCACCUCAACCUAUCCUUCUCUCCCCAGACAACACCACUCCAAUCCUUUCUCUCUUAUCCUCUGAGCACUCCUUCCUCCCUUCCCUUCCUCACCUUCUCUCCCUCAACCCCACUCUCCUCCACCACUCCAUCUCCUACAUCCUCAAGGUCUCCGAUCUCCUCCACUUCCGUCCGGUGACUCCUUAUCUCGCCAUCAACUAUCUCCACCGCUUCCUCUCCUCCCAUUCUCUCCCGGAUGCGCAGGGGGAGAGUGGGAACGGUGGUGGCUGGGCUUUGCAGCUCCUCACCGUCGCUUGCUUAUCAGUAGCCAUGAAAAUGGUGGAAACUCACCUUCCUCUUCUCAUAGAUCUCCAGCUCCUCGAGCCCCGCUUCAUCUUCGACACACUCACUGUUCGCCGGAUGGAGCUUCUUCUCAUGACCGCUCUCUGCUGGCGUUUACGCGCUAUCACUCCUUUUGAUUUUCUCGACUUCGCCUCCUCCUCUGCUCUCUCCUCCGAUGCUCGCCGGUUCGCCGGCGAGCUCAUUGUUAAUACCUCUCGUGUCGUUGAUUUCCUCGGCUUCCCGCCGUCGAUCAUCGCCGCCGCGGCGAUUGUUUGCGCCCAGCGCCGCGCCGAUCCCUCCGCCGUUCACGACGAUGAUUUGCUCGGUUUCCUCGGCGAUUCCGUUUGCAAGGAAACAGUCAUGGGGUGCUGCCAGCUAAUGCAUCAAUAUCUUAUUGACACGUGUCCUUCCUCUUUUGGCGGGAAGCCUUGCUCCGAGCCGAUUGCGCCGAGUAGCCCUAGCGGUGUGCUCGACGCCGCCACUUACGGCGCUUGCAGCUCUGACAAGUUCUCUUCCUCGGCUAGCUUAGCCGAGCCGGCUCAGAAACGGCGCCGGAUUGAGCAUAGAUGAUCCGAAUAUUUUAAAAUUUCCCAAAUUUAGGGAAAAUUCGAACUUUUUUUUUUUUAUUUUGUCAUUAUAUUUGAGAAAUAAUAUUUUGUUAUUUUUUUAACUUAAAAUUAUGAGUUAAAAAAUGGUGUAAUGAUGCGGAGAUAAUUUGUUGUAUGGAUAGAGUUUAGAAGCUUUGCGCAUGGGUAUAAGUUUGUGUUCCCAAGAUAACCCUGUAAUUUUUCCUCAUUUCCCGAUGAGGCCUUCUGGCAAAAGCACGGGUACAAAAGCCAGAAUUUUUAUUCGCGUGCUCUUGCGAGGGUAAGAAUGAGAAUUUUGAAUUUUUGU